CCUCCUCCCCAGCAAUGCAGCUCCUUGCGGUUCUGCUUUGGGCUCUCUGGUCUGCUGGGUUGGCCGAGAACUCGCAUGAUUACGAACUCAUGUAUGUGAACUUGGACAACGAAAUAGACAAUGGACUCCAUCCCACCGACGACCCCACGCCGUGCGACUGCGGUGCGGAGCACUCCGAGUGGGACAAGCUGUUCGUCAUGCUGGAGAACUCGCAGAUGCGGGAGGGCAUGCUGCUGCAGGCGACCGACGACCUGCUGCGCGGCGAGCUGCAGAGGCUGCGGGCCGAGCUGGGCCGCCUCGCGGGCAGCCUGGCCCGGCCGUGCGCACCGGCAGAGCCGUCGGAGACCAGGCUGGCCGAGGCGCUGGCCGAACUGCUGCCGGCGAGCCGCGCCGCGGGCCGCAGGCUGGCGCUCCUGGAGGGCGCAGAGGCGCGGCGGCGGGAGGAGGCGGAGCGCGCCCUGGAGGAGCUGCGGCGGGCACGAGCAGAGCUGCGCGCCGUGCAGGGCUGGGCGGCCGCGCGCUGGCUGCCGGCAGGUUGUGAAACAGCGAUCUUAUUUCCCAUGCGUUCCAAGAAGAUUUUCGGAAGCGUGCACCCAGUGAGAUCCAUGAAACUUGAGUCUUUUAGCGCUUGCAUUUGGGUCAAAGCCACAGAUGUGUUAAACAAAACCAUCCUGUUUUCCUAUGGCACCAAAAGGAACCCCUAUGAGAUCCAGCUGUAUCUGAGCUAUCAGUCCAUAACGUUUGUGGUGGGCGGAGAGGAGAACAAACUGGUUGCUGACACUGUGGUCUCCCUGGGAAGGUGGGCCCACCUGUGCAGCACCUGGAAUUCAGCGAAAGGGAGCAUGACCUUGUGGAUGAACGGGGCACUGGUGGCUACCGCUGUCCACACGGUCCCAGGGCACGUGGUUCCAGAGGGAGGAAUCCUGCAGAUCGGCCAAGAAAAGAAUGGCUGCUGUGUCGGUGGGGGCUUUGAUGAAGCGCUGUCCUUCUCUGGAAGACUCACAGGUUUCAAUAUCUGGGAUCGCGUUCUCAGCAAUGACGAGAUCAGAGAGAGCGGAGGAGCAGAGUCCUGCCACAUCCGGGGUAACGUCGUCGGGUGGGGCAUCACGGAGAUUCAGCCGCAUGGCGGAGCCCAGUACGUUUCCUAAGUGUCGUGAAACUCUACUUGAAGCCAAAGAAGAAACUCGCAUUUCAAAUGUAUGCCAGCUGGAAAGGUCUGAAAACCUCACUUCGUAAUAAGAACACUUGAGACUAAUGAAGGAAAGAGUUGAGGUGGAUCUUUAUUUACCUUGGCAAAAUACUGAAUAAACAGUUGAAGGGCAGACAUUGGAGAAAGGUUUGGGGGAUAUUGUUUCUAGACGUCGUGCUAUGGUGCUUUCAGAUUAAUGCCAUUUCUCUGUCAGAUAAACUCUCAAAAAAUGAAAAACGACUGGAUUGUUGAACAGAAGAGUAAUUGUUCCACUUGGGCCUGGCCAGAGGUGAAGUUUAGACCGCAAGGAAAACAAAACAUGUUGCCCAUUGUUCAUUGUUAUGUAUGUAUCUUAUUUCAAAAGAUAAUAAAAACAUAUUUAUACCAUAAGGUGACUUAACAAGUAGAAAUGUAGUUUAUGUGUUAUAGUCGAAUGUCAUUUUACUGAGAAAAUAGUUGUAUAAGUUAUAUGUAAAAUGGGUUUGUAUUAAUUUUAUUAAGACUAUUUUUGUAA